GUUCAUCAUCAUCAGUUCAGUUUCUGGUGUGGAAUAAAAAAUAAUCUGAAAAAUGAUUUCGAAAGUUUUCUUCAUCGCUGCUCUAGCCUGUGCCUCACAAGCAGCAGUGUCUCGCGUGGUGCCUGUUGUAGCAAAAAUAUCGGAUGAUACCGUAGAUCUCUCACCUCAGUACUCCUACGCUUAUGAUGUCCAGGACGCUCUAACUGGAGAUUCAAAAGCUCAUCUCGAGAGCAGAAAUGGAGAUAUUGUCAAGGGUCAAUACAGUCUCAAUGAUCCCGAUGGUACCAGAAGAAUCGUAGAUUAUACUGCAGACCCUGUGAAUGGAUUCAGAGCAGUCGUCAGAAAAGAACCCUCAACAGCAAUUGCCGAACCAGUAGCUGCCGAACCUGUUGAGGUAGAACCAGUAAUUGCAAAAACUGUAGCUGCACCUUUAGUUGCAAGAGCAAUUACUGCACCGUUGUUGACUAGAGCAGCUGCAAUAAGGGCAACUAAAUUUCCUGCAGAUUCAGAAGCGGUAGAAAGUGUUGAAGUUGCACCAAAAUCAGUUCCAGUGACUGCUCUUCCAGCAUUUGGAGUCUCAGCUCCUCUAAUCUCUUCACCUUAUGUCGCUGCUCCUGUUCUGAGUUACUCAAGACUGUCAGUGCCUUUCACAUAUAGCACAUUUACGGUUUAUACCAAAAAAGUUUGA